GGGGCGUAGAGGAAAGGGGACUGCGCGCGCGCCUACGGGCAGCAGGCUGGCCAACCGGCGAGCCCGAGCGGGUUUGAGAACGCGCAUGCGCGCCCUACUUCCCGUGCUGGUGUUUCUUGUGACUGCUUGGGCCGACCGACCGACUACUUGGUUUCGCGGAGCGGCGGCUAAGGCGCGGCUACGGAAGGGACGGCGCUGGCGGAUAAAGAGAAGAGUUCCAGAUGUCAAAUUUUUUAAAUGAUGUGAAGACUAUUAAAGCAAAUAUGAAUAAAGACUAAUAUAUGUGAUAGACCUGUGACAGUGAAUCAAUCUGGAGCAAACAAAAUGUUGUAGGACAUAAGUGUGGAAGAAGACUGCAUUUUUGUUUUCUGUCAAUUGUUUUAUUUUUAUGACAACCUUUGAAAAUUGUGAGGCUCCCAGUCUGGAUUUACUGUGUGUACAAUUGAUGCACCUUUAAAGAAGCAAAACGUACUUUCUAUUUUAAAAAGUAAAAAUUAUAUUUAUAAAGGGUUUAAGAAGACUAAAACAGGACCAAUCCUCCAGUUUGCUCCUCACAAUUCCUCUUGAACGAAAAGGAUUUUCAGCUCAGCCAUCUACCAGCUGUUACUAGGAUUUAGUAUUCAAAAGAAAAAUAAAUGCAAGCAACUGCCACUCAGUCCUAGUUCCUGAUGAAAUCAGGGGGGCAGGGUUCCCUGGGAGAAAAGAGCAUUCUGGAUGCAGAAAAACAUGUGUUCUAGACUAGCUUAUUUACUAAUAAUGUAACUAUCCCCAAACAUCACCCACAAUGCAUUGUUUUAUCUUGAAGACAGAUUAGAAAGGAAAAACUGCCUCGAAAAUUAUUGUGCAAUUUCUGAAAAUAAUAUGAAGUAAUAAUACGUGAAAAACUAUUGGGAGCUUAUAUCUAGUACAUCAUUUUUCUUGGAAUUUUUCUUCAAUCCAUCUUGUCGUCUUGCACUAAAAAUUCCAGUCCAGCUGCAGUUUUCUGCCUUAUUGAACUAUUUUUUCACCUUCAGAAGAUGAUAUUCUCCAGAAGCUACACAGCAACUACUUUUUCCAGAAUUUAAUUUUACAUGGUUUUUUUUUUCAAAAGGAAUCUUGGGAUUAGGUUUAUUAUUCUCCUGAUUGGAUCCUGUUCUGUUCAUUUAAUAAUUCUACCCAGAUUUAUUCUUUUUUGUCAAUGCCAUCUUGAUUUAUAAUUGUGAAUAAGAUCUGGCUCUUAACAGAUAACUUUGAGAACUUGGAUACUCUUAAGCUUUUCCCUGAUUUGUUGUUUUGUUUUGUAUUUUGAGAAAGCUUCUUUCCCUAAUUUUCUUAUCCUUCUUGACUCCCGUUGGGCCUGGGCUAUGCUGCAGGGCAGAUCACCCACCAGAGCUCCAUCAUGCCAGCAGCAUCUGGAAAGAGAUUCAAACCUAGCAAGUAUGUCCCAGUAUCAGCUGCUGCAAUCUUCUUAGUAGGAGCCACCACUCUCUUCUUCGCUUUUACGCAAUGCAGAAUGGUGAUGAUCUUUGCCAAAAGUCAGCAACACAUGGUACAAAUCUUUAUCUGCAACUUCUGGUGUCCAGGACUCAGCUUUUACAUCUCCCCAAUCAUACCCAUUUACAAUGCUGUGGUCUUCCUUUUUGUGCUGGCCAACUUCAGUAUGGCCACUUUCAUGGAUCCUGGCAUAUUCCCUAGAGCUGAAGAAGAUGAGGACAAGGAGGAUGAUUUCCGAGCUCCCUUAUACAAAACUGUGGAAAUAAAGGGUAUUCAAGUGCGCAUGAAAUGGUGUGCAACAUGCAGAUUCUAUCGGCCCCCACGCUGCUCCCAUUGUAGUGUCUGUGACAACUGUGUGGAGGAAUUUGACCAUCACUGUCCAUGGGUGAACAACUGCAUAGGAAGACGCAAUUACCGCUACUUCUUCCUGUUCCUGCUCUCACUUACAGCGCACAUCAUGGGUGUGUUUGGUUUCGGUUUACUGUAUGUCCUAUAUCAAGUGGAAGAGCUCUCUGGAAUCCGCAUGGCUGUUACUAUGGCCGUGAUGUGUGUGGCUGGUUUGUUCUUUAUUCCUGUAGCUGGCCUUACAGGAUUCCAUGUGGUACUAGUAGCCAGAGGUCGCACUACCAAUGAACAAGUUACGGGCAAGUUCCGAGGUGGGGUAAACCCAUUUACCAAUGGCUGCUGUAAGAAUGUCAGUCGUGUCCUCUGCAGCUCUCCAGCUCCCAGGUAUCUUGGGCGGCCAAAGGGAGAACAGACUGUAUUAGUGAGGCCUCCAUUCUUAAGGCCAGAAAUAUCAGACGGACAGGUUGCUAUGAAGAUAAUGGAUAAUGGUAUCCAGGCUGAACUGAAGAGAACAAAGUCCAAAGGAAGCCUUGAAGUAACAGAGAGCCAGUCUGCUGAUGCUGAACCACCACCACCACCCAAACCAGACCUCAGCCGCUACACAGGUCUGAGGACACAUUUAACCCUGGCCACCAAUGAGGAUAGCAGUUUGCUAAGUAAGGACAGCCCUCCAACUCCAACCAUGUAUAAGUAUCGACCUGGCUAUAGUAGCAGCAGUGCUUCAGCUGCAAUGCCUCACUCCACCAGUGCCAAGCUAAGUCGAGGAGACAGUUUGAAGGAGCCAACGUCUAUCGUUGAAAGCAGCCGAAAUCCCAGCUACCGCUCAGAACCAAGUCUGGAACCAGAAAGUUUUCGAUCACCCACCUUUGGCAAGAGUUUCCAUUUUGAUCCUCUAUCCAGUGGUUCCCGCUCUUCCAGCCUCAAAUCAGCUCAAGGCACAGGCUUUGAAAUGGGCCAUCUUCAGUCCAUCCGCUCCGAAGGCACUACUUCAACAUCUUACAAGAGCUUGGUGAACCAGACACGCAAUGGGAGUUUGUCGUAUGACAGUCUUCUCACACCAUCUGAUAGCCCUGAUUUUGAGUCGGUGCAGGCAAGUUCAGAGCCAGACCCACUCAUGGGAUACACUUCUCCUUUUCUUUCAGCCCGUAUUGCUCAACAGCGGGAGGCUGACUUGCACAGUCGUUUUCCAAGCUCGGGUUCACCCAAGCACCAGCAACCUCGUGAUUCUUCACCCGUCCGCUAUGACAAUCUUUCACGCCAUAUUGUGGCUUCCAUGCAGGAACGGGAAAAGUUGCUACAGCAGUCCUCUAUGCCACCACCCCUGGCUAAAGAGGAAGAUACAGGCCUAGGGGACUCUGGGAUACAGUCCACACCAGGGUCCAGCAAUGCCCCACGAACGAGUUCCUCUUCGGACGAUUCAAAACGUUCACCUUUGGGCAAAAACCCACUCACCCGCCCAGUGGCACCUCGCUUUGGCAAACCAGAACCACCACAUGCACUUAGAGUGCGCGCGCUGGGCUCACCAGACCAGCUUUCAUCUUCCCACAUGGGCAAAUCUAUGUCUUACAGCAGCCAAAAACAGUCGCCUCAGGCUGUCGUCCCAGAGACUGAGGAGGUGGCCUUGCAGCCUUUACUGGCACCAAAAGACGAGGUGCAGAUGAGACCCUCUUACAGCAAGUCUAAUGGACAGCCCAGGACUCUGGGCUCAACCUCACCCAUCCCUGGCCAGCCACCUCUCAACAGUCCCACUCGAGGAGGAGUCAAGAAAGUCUCUGGAGUGGGGGGGACCACAUAUGAGAUUUCUGUAUGAGGAGCUGAUCUCCCCACUGUCUACUCCUCUUUGGCUGAUUUCCAAGCGUCCUGUCCCUGAUGAGCAGGAGACAGGGAUGUUGCUCGGCAAAUGGUUGCUCCAUCACGUGCAUGGACUUUUAAAAAUAAAGAAAUAAAUCCAGGUUUCAGUGGGUGGGAACAACAGAGGGGACAAUUACCUUUUAAAACUAAACUAUCAAAGAGAGUUUCUAAACACUACAAUGGGAUCUCGGCCUUGCUCACCUCCACAGCCUGCACUCUUCCCUCUCAGUCAGCAAGAGACUGCAGUUUGUUGCACACUGCCGAGAGUGAAGGGAAGGACUUGGUGUCAGCCUCCUCACACAGAAGAGAGUGCAGACUGUAGCCUGUCUUGAUACCAACAGAACAGUUAAAUUUGUGGACCUUGUGCAAUCACUCGCCUAGUGCGGUAGGGGUUGAUCAUUUUUAAUUUUUUUUAUUAUUACUACGGAUUCUAUAUUUUUCCUCUUCUGAGUUACUGGGUGUGUGUAUAUAUAAAUAUCUAUAAAUAUAUAAAUAUAAAAAGAAAAAGAAAUUAUAUCUACCCAUAAGUAAGGGAGGCAAGCCUGGUCAUAACUUCAUCAGCUGGGCCUGAGGAAACCAUGUAUAAAAACCAUGUUCAGGAGAAUCUGGUGGGAUAGAGCAGAAUAGCCAUUUGGUUCACUUUCAGUGAAAAUCACUGCAAAAUCACUACCCCAGUAGGGCUGAAGAAAUGCCAUUAGGACAUUUGGUCUGGCCUGGUUUUCUCUGCCUCUGGCCAAGCAUGAGCAGGCAGAUUUGUUCCAGGAGGGAGCAUACAAAGGCACCACUUCUAUUAUCUUUGGGUUUUGGUGUUGAAAAUUUUCCCACAAAUAUUUUUUUUCCUGAAGAUCUCGGAGGAUUUAGGAAAACUAGGGGAGAAUUUGGGUUCAUACUUUUUCAAUAUCCAGACAGAUCUCUUUCUGAAUGAUGCCCAGAGAGCAAACGCUGUUCUCUCUGAACCAGGAAGCAUGUGAAAUACUCAUUAUGUAUCAUUACAGCCUUGGAUUGAGGUGCUAAAUGGAAAGGGUAGCAGUGGGCCUGAGUCCCUUGUGUGGAGAUAUUAUUUGCAUUUGGUAAAUCCUCCCAAGUGGUUUCCUGUGUUUUUUACCUUGCUUUUAUGAAAUGCUCCAUAUGAAUUUCUUGUGGUGUCACAGUUCUUUAUUCCCAAAUCUGGGCAAGAGAAAGAAGAGAGAGAGAGAAACUAACCAAAAAGCAAUAUUUUUUCAUAUGCCAAAAAUCUCUCAUCACAUGUAAAAGCCCAUGGCAGUAGAAAUCAGUAAACCAAGAAUCCAACCAUUUAAGUCUCUACUGAAUCUUUCUCUAUGGCAAUAUCUAAACUGUGGCCUCCGUUAAGCCACACUUUUAUUUUUAUUAUGACUAGCCAUUUUAAAAUGAGGAAUAAAAGAAUACAAUGAG